AUGGAUCGCAAGCAGAGCCAGCAGAACCGUGGUGUCAUGAACGGCGAUGCCACGAACAAUGAAAACAUCAACGAUGCUGUCGGCGGCGCCAUCAACGACGCCGUCAAUGAUGCCGUCCACGAUGCUAUGGAAGAUGCGUUCAACAAGGCUAUCACCAAAGCUACACAUGAUGGUCUCCGUACUGCCAUCGACUAUAUUAUGAACGACGACAACAUGAACGAUGAUGCUACGAACGGUGAUGCCAUGGUCGUGGAUGACGAGGACGUUGACAUGGACCAAGAAGCCGCUGAUGAUAAUGAUGACAUCGCCAGUUUGUCUGACCUCGUCCCCAUCGUAUAUGCCGACGUCCGUCGUGAAGUCCACGUUAUGGCAAACUACAUCAACCCGCGACCCCCCCUGUCGCCUACCAACACGUCGAUGAGCGAGGGCAGUGAUGAUGAUUUCGAGCCCGAGGGUAGCGGCAUGAACCCAACGGACCUCGAUGAUAGUCCACCUCCACGACGCAGCUCAUUUAUUCCUGAGUACCGAAGCAACAUGAUCUUCAUGCUUACGCCCGAGUCAGAGGCUGAUAUUGAGGCUGAGGAUGAGACUGAGCUCGAGUCAGGCUUGCCGGCAUCCUCUGCCAGACACCAUCAGGGUAGUAUGGUAUCGUCGCCAGUGCCUGAAGAAGACUUGCCGCCAUACUCCGGCACUGGUCUCAGUGACGUUGAGCCAUCCCCACGUCUACCUCCAUCCUCGAACUAUUUACGAGGCAAUACUGCAGGCUCAUCUGCGAACCGCCGAUCACGCGAUGUGACCCCAACCCCGAGGCCCAUCCAACGCGAGAGCAAUGUCAUUGCAAGUUCCCCCUUUAGAAGUAACGCGACAACAGUCGUCGCGCGAGAAAGCAGUGUCGUCGCACGAGAAAGCAGUGUCGCCGCACCCGAGAGCAAUGUCGUCUCUGUUAUAGACGAGCCCCAGGAACAUGACAACGCGUACUUCCCGAUGUACUACGAAGUUGAUGAAAACAAUGUCGUGAAAGCUCUCGUUCCCGAAGUUACAAUAUCGAUGGAGCAGGCUCAAGAGCGUGGCUGGAUAUUACCCAGUUACCACCCAACAGCCCAUCUGUCCCCGAUACAGCUACGCGGCCACAACGAAGUUGCGAUCGAGGUCAACGAGUUCAAGUUGCCUCUCUUGCUGCACGAUCUUAUUGAUUAUACCAACCCACACGUCAUGGUGCUUCAUCAAGACCGCGCUUUCAUCCAGGGCCCGCACGCAGACGUCAUGGCCUACUUGACGAAGCUCACCCAGUCGCUGGAUCUCGAGGGAAAGGCCGUAUUCUGGUACACCGAGCACGCUUCCGGCGCUCGCGCUACAGCCUACGAACGACGCGGCCACCGCCGCGGAGAAGGACUCGUAGACGUCAACUACGCGCGCCUGCCCUUGAAGGAUGACACGGUCGAGUUCCUCCAGCAAAAGGCUUGGACUAAGGGUUCUGGCCAUUUCACCGUAGCGAUGCUGAUGGUAGCGGAUCCUUCCGGCCCCGACGGCUAUGGCCGUGGACGCCGUCUCGAACGCGUUUUCCCAGCCCGAACGCCUUGAGCACGAAGAUAUGAUUUGAUUGGCUAUUCCAUACCCCCAACACCUAUGAAUGCAAUUUACUAAGUUCCGAAGGGUUUUUUGCAUCGCACACACGGCAAUGAGUGGCGGGGAACAUAAGAAUAGCAACUUGGGAAGAUGGACAUUGUGUUUUCUGGGAGUGAACAAGGGCUUACGGAAGUCUACGGAUAUUCGGACGAAAUGAUGAUCUCGAACUCAUCGGUGGAAUUAAUGGCUUCAUUUGCGGUGAGGUGAGCUCGAGAUAAAGGAAGUCUAUGGAUAUUCGGACGAGAUGGUGACUAUCUCUAGGCUCAUCGGUGG